AUGCAGAUCUCUAUUCAGACCGUUCUCGCAGCCGCGCUGCUUGCGCCCAGCGCCAGCUGUGCACCUUUCGAUUGGAGCUCCUGGGGCUCCUGGGGCCAAUACACGUCCGCAACUCCAUCAACGCCUGCUUCCGCCGCCGCGGCCGCCGCGACACCGUCGACUUCUACCUCCAACUCCUCGCUGUCUUCUGAUGCCCAGAAGGCGCUUGACGCACACAAUUCGGCGCGUAGCGACGUUGGCACUGCAGCGCUCGUGUGGGAUGACACCCUCGCUUCAAACGCCCAGGAGUAUGGCGAGACGCUGGCCUCUCAAUACGGUAGUACAGGCACGCUCGAGCACUCUCAGGUUUCGGACCAGGGCGAAAACCUGUACUGGCAGGGAGGCAGCGGCGAUGAUAUCCCAAUGACUAACGCCGCAAACAUGUGGAUUGGCGAGAAGUCACAAUACAACGGAGAGGUCAUCACAGCGAGCAACUACAUGAACUUUGGUCACUACACCCAAGCGGUCUGGAAGGAUACCUCCAAGGUGGGCAUUGCUGCUGUGUCUGACGGUGCUGGAGGCUUCUAUGUUGUCGCUCGUUAUCAGGAGCCUGGGAACAUGAUCGGCGAGGCGGCAUACUAA